AUGGCUAAGGACCACGAAACAACGGCUGUUAGCGUGAACACCGAAAGCAAGGAUACCUUUGAAUAUGGGGAGCAUACAGCUGCAGCAGUGGUAACAAACCAUUCAUCAUCCUCAGCUUAUGGGCAACAAGGAACAACCGGUGAUUCUGCGUCAACGUCUACAGCUGAUAUUCAUGAUAAAGAGCUUUCGGCAGGUGUUGCUCGUAUUGAAGCAAUGCAAAAAGUCUGGGGCAAAUGGGGCUAUAUCAUUUUGCUUGCCAGUCUUGGUAUUUCGCAAUACAUCUAUUCCUUGGACGGCACCACCACUUAUAUGUACUUGGCCCAGGCAACAUCAGGCGUUGGUGAACAUUCUUUGCUUGGCACUGUUUCUACAGCCGGUGGUAUCAUUCUUGCCGUUGGAUUGCCUUUUAUUGCAAAAAUUGCUGAUUACUUUGGUCGUGGUGAAGCUCUUGCUUUUUCCACUAUUCUCUUUACAAUCUCAUACAUCUUAUACGCUUCAGCCAACGACAUUGGACAAAUUGCCGGUGCACAGAUUCUUUAUAGCGUGGGAGCUACCGGUCUUUCGAUGAUGACAAGUAUUAUCUUGGCCGACGUUGUUUCGCUACGAUUUCGUACCUUGUUAAAAGGCAUCUACUCUUUGCCCUAUGUCAUUAAUGUCUUUGUGGCCGCUGAAGUGUACAACUACAUUAUCAAUGGUCCUGGAUGGCGUUGGGGCUAUGGUAUGUUUGCCAUCUUGAUGCCGGCUUGCUUGCUUCCUGUUGUUCUUACCGUGCUUUGGGGACAAUGGCGAGCGAGAAAAUUGAACGUGCUGCAAGAAGAUUAUAACCCAGAAAAGAGCUUCUUCAAGCAUCCUAUUAAGGCACUCAUCCUUUGCCACUAUGAAGUUGACUUGCCAGGUCUUAUUCUCAUUGGUGCUUCUCUUGCUCUCUUGUUGCUACCCCUUGGUCUCGCACCUACUUCUAGCAAUGGAUGGAAUACACCUUCCAUGAUCGUCAUGCUCGUACUCGGCUGUGUGCUUUUACCGGUAUUCGUCGCUUGGGAGCUUGUCUAUGCUGAGAAAUUUGGUUAUCAGCCCAUUGCGCCAUGGCGUUUCUUUAAAAACUACAACAUUUCCGCCGCAUGCUUUAUUGGUAUUGCCGAUUUCGUCUCUUUUUACCUUCAGUAUACGUACCAGUAUUCGUUUGUUUAUGUCGUCAAAACCGAAUGGUCCGAGCGUGAUAUGACCUAUUUCACAAAUACCCAAACCUUCGGUCUUUGUAUCUUUGGUACCGUAUGUGGCGUCAUUUUGGUAUACUAUCGUCGUCCCAAGUGGCUUCUUGUUGGUGGUCUUUGCCUACGCUUGCUUGGUGUUGGGUUGAUGAUUCAUUCUCGUGGUGCCCUUGGCUCUGAUGUGGAACUCGUUUGGUGUCAACUUUUACAAGGCAUUGGUGGUGGUUUUGCCGCCGUAUUGAUUGUGUUGGUAGCACAAGCAUUGGUGCCACACACUGAUGUUGCCAUUGUCACUGCUCUUGUUAGUCUUAUUACAGAGCUUGGUAAUUCCAUUGGAUCUGCUAUUGCUACUGCUGUUUGGACGAGUCAAAUGCCUGCUCAAUUAGCUGCCAAUGUCCCCACCACCAACCAAACACUUCUCAACGAAUUGUACAGCUCUAUUCUUGUGAUUGCCGAAUACCCAAGCGAUGAUCCUAUUCGCCAAGGUGUCAUUACUGCUUACUCUCACGUGAUGCGUAACCUUUGUAUUGGUGCCACUGUUACUGCUGUUCCACCUAUUUUGGCAGCUAUCUUUUUCAUUGACGAUAUCACUGUCGGCGACAAGCAAAAUGUGCUCGACAACCGCGACUUAACAGGUGAAAGAGAUAUAGAACAACAAAAACCAAAAGACACGAACAAGGCUGGCCUUGACUCUGAAUCAACAACUGCAACCCACUAA